CAAAAGUCCACAUUUAUUGCACACAAUGUUUAUUACUCUUUUUUUCCCUUUUUUUGAGUCAGGGUCUCAUGUAGCUAAAGCUGGCCUGGAACUCAAUUUUGUAGCAGAGAAUGGCUUUAAACUUGUAAUCCUCCUGUCUCCUCGGUGCUAGGAUUUCACGUGUAUACCACCACCCCUGCUUUUCACACACAAAAUAUUGCCAAUAAUGUAAGGGGUUCCAUGAACUUCUGAAAACUAUCUAGGGACCUCCUACAUACUAGACAAAAGGUUACCACUAGAGUUGGGUCUUCAUGGUACAGGCCUGUAAUUCCAGCUACUCCAAAGGCUCAGGGAUGAGGAUGCCAAGUUCAAAGCCUGCUUGGGCUACAGAGUGAGUUCAAGACCAGUCUGCUUAGGUUAGAGAGACUCUGCCUCAAAAUGAAGGUGAAAAAUGACUGGGAAUAUAGCUAAGUGGUAGAGGGCAGGUGACCAUGGGGCAGAGAGGGGAGCUUUGUCAUUGAACCAUACCCCCAACCCCUUCACACACACUUUACAUUGUUUAAAAGGACAAAUAAGGUAAAGUGCCAUAUUCUGAAUCUUUCAGGAGGGUGUUUCAGACAUUAUGAAUAAUGGUUUCUGACCAGACAAAGGUGAAUCAUUCAGCAAAUAUUUUCUGGAUGCCUGAUACAUAUAGGCACUGUACCAUGGACUGAGCUCACUGAGGUAAGACACCAUUUCUGUCUUUGUUGAAACCAAUCCCAUGUAAAAAAUGUCAAUGUGGUUACUAGUGGCUCCUAAACGGAUUUGGUUUCUCCACAUUCUAGAUUCAAGAGUUUGGUAAAUCAAUCUAACCCAUUUUAUCUAUUGAAUGGGAUUACUAUGUAGACAAGAACAGCCGUACAUUUUCAACAGGAUAACCUUUGUAAAAAUGAACAUAAAGGCAUGGCUGUGCAGUAUCUAAGUUCGAGACCAGCCUCAGCUAUAUGAGCCUCUGCCAAAAUAUAAAAUCAUAAAUGAAGAAACAAAACACUAAGGUUAUUAGAAGUGGUGGUUGGCAAGAUCGCUCGAGGGAGCACAAUAGCUUUUUUCAGUCUCCAAGGGCAAUACAGCACCUGGCACGCGGUUUGCAACCACUCAGUACGCCUUCCCAGAAAGGUCAGGUUCCGCUUCCGCAGGCGGAUCUUCCCUGCCGACAGCCCUCAGUCCUGCGCAUGCUCCAGUGAGCCGGAGACCGGAAGUGCGGGGAGGUGGCGAAGCGCGCAGGACUGCCGGCGCUCUCGCUCCGGGGGCUGGGGGCGCGCGCUUUUGCGCGCUCGUUCGCGCGGCUGGCUGCGUACAGUAGUGACGGCCGCGCGGGAGCGGUCACAUGACCAUCGGGGCUGCCUGUACAGUAAGAACCCAAUAUGGCAGCGGCGGUAGCAGUGGCAACGGCAGCAGGACCAGCCGCCCCGUAGACACCCUCCCCCCACCCCGCGUGCCUCCUCGGCUGUUUCCUCCGUUAGGUUGUUCUUGCGGUGCGACUUCCCCUUUCUCCCACCUUUCCCGGUACCGCGGGAAAAGCCACACAGGGCAGAGCAGGCAAGGGAGGGCGGCCGGAGCCGGGGCACAGCAGCCUCCCAGUUCGUUCAAGACCCGACAUGAGGGAAAAGGGCCGUAGGAAGAAGGGCAGGACCUGGGCGGAGGCCGCCAAGACGGUCUUAGAAAAAUACCCCAAUACACCCAUGAGUCAUAAAGAAAUUCUUCAAGUUAUCCAGAGAGAAGGAUUAAAAGAAAUCAGAAGUGGGACUUCCCCUCUUGCGUGCCUAAAUGCAAUGCUACACACAAACUCCCGAGGUGAAGAGGGCAUCUUCUAUAAAGUUCCAGGUAGAAUGGGAGUUUAUACAUUGAAGAAAGAUGUGCCAGAUGGGGUGAAAGAGCUGUCAGAAGGUUCAGAAGAAAGCAGUGAUGGUCAAUCAGACUCUCAGAGUUCUGAGAACAGCAGCAGCAGCAGUGAUGGUGGCAGCAACAAAGAGGGGAAAAAGAGCAGGUGGAAAAGGAAAGUAUCAUCUAGACUGUCACAGCCAUCCUCUCCCCAGUCAGGCUGCCCAUCACCCACCAUUCCAGCAAGUAAAGUCAUUUCUCCAUCACAGAAGCACAGCAAAAAGGCAUUAAAGCAGGCUCUGAAACAGCAACAGCAGAAGAAGCAGCAGCAGCAACAGUGCAGACCAAGCAUGUCCAUCUCCAACCAACAUCUCUCUCUCAAGACCGUCAAAGCAGCCAGUAACUCUGUACCUGCCAGACCUGCUCUAUGGGAAGGAAAACAGUCUGACGGACAGUCAAACAGUCCCCAGAACUCAAACUCCAGCUUUUCUUCCUCAGUGAAAGUGGAAAGUUCUCUGCUAGGCUUGGGGAAGAAGUCUUUCCAGAGAUCUGACAGACUCCACACAAGGCAAAUGAAAAGGACUAAGUGUGCUGACAUUGAUGUUGAGACACCGGACUCCAUUCUAGUUAAUACUAAUCUGCGAGCACUGAUCAAUAAGCAUACCUUUUCAGUUCUUCCUGGAGACUGCCAGCAGCGACUGCUUUUACUACUUCCAGAAGUAGAUCGACAGGUUGGUCCAGAUGGUUUGAUGAAGUUGAAUGGCUCAGCCCUUAACAAUGAGUUCUUCACCUCAGCAGCCCAAGGCUGGAAGGAAAGACUCUCAGAAGGUGAAUUUACCCCUGAAAUGCAGGUGAGAAUUCGCCAAGAGAUUGAGAAGGAGAAAAAAGUGGAGCCUUGGAAGGAACAAUUCUUUGAAAGCUACUAUGGUCAGAGUUCUGGAUUGAGCCUUGAAGAUUUGAAGAAACUGACAGCAUCCCCUAGUGAUCCCAAAGUAAAGAAAACCCCAGCUGAGCAACCAAAAUCCGUACUUCCAUCGGAGGCCUCUCCUGUCAGAAUAAUCCCAGUAGUUCCCCAGUCAGAGUGUAAAGAAGAAGCAGUGCAAAUGCCAUCACCAGUCAGAAAAGAAGAGCAAGACAGCCAAGAUGAAGCACAGCCAAACUUCAGAUCGUCAGAGCCUCUCAUUGAUUCAGCUAACGAUACAAAUGAGCUUACCAGUGUGAUUUCCAUUAAGUGCCCUAAGGAUGAGGAUCUCUUAGAACAGAAGCCAGUUGCCUGUGCCGAACAAGAGUGUGAGAAAGAAAAUCAUCUUGCUAUAGCUUCUAAUUAUAACAAAAAUGAGAGCCAAGAAGCAUUGGCUAUAUCCCCAAGCAAGUCCAACAGUUCUGGGUUGGAAAAACUCAUAACAAAGUCUAUAGCAGAAGCAGAUCCACAAGAUCCUAAUAUGAAAAAACCUCCAGCAACUCUGAUUGAUCAGAUUCCAGAAAGCCUCAAGAGGAAAUCUCUUACCCAAGAAGAGGCCACUGGGAGCUGGGAGAAAAGACCACGUAUCACUGAGAAUCGCCAGCACCAGCAGCCAUUUCAGGUUUCGCCACAGCCCUUUCUUAAUAGAGGGGACAGGGUCCAGGUGCGAAAAGUACCACCUCUCAAGAUCCCGGUCUCCAGGAUCUCCCCCAUGCUGUUUUCUCCAUCGCAGGUCUCUCCCAGGGCUCGUUUUCCAAUCUCCAUCACUAGUCCUAACAGAACAGGAGCCAGAACUCUCGCAGACAUCAAAGCAAAAGCCCAGUUGGUCAAAGCACAGAGGGCAGCAGCUGCAGCUGCAGCAGCCGCUGCUGCAGCCGCCUCAGUUGGAGGGACCAUUCCAGGACCUGGCCCUGGGGGUGGACAAAGUCCAAGAGAGGGUGAUGAAAGGAAAACUUCUGGAGGCGGGAGUCCAGGUUCAGACAGAGUCAGUACAACUGGAAAGGACCCCACACUGGAACUGGCAGGAACUGGAAGCAGGGGAGGUACGAGAGAGCUUUUACCCUGUGGACCAGAGACUCAUCCCCAACCUGAGACCAAGUCUCCAGGCCAAGCCCAGCUUCCUGGUGUGUCUGGAACACAAUUACAGCAAACCUCCUCAGUGCCUCCAGCAUCUGCCGUUGCUGGAGGAUGCACAAGCAUCCCAUUACCAGCCCACAGAGAGAAAUCCAACAGGGAAAAGUUGAACCCCAGCAGGUCAACAGCCUCAGUGGCCUCUCCUUGCCACCCACAAGGCCCAAGUAGUUGCAGACAGGAGAAUACUACUUCAGCAGGACCUGCCCUGAUAUCAGGAGCCUCAACUGUUUGUUUUGUAGCUGAUGGAAUAGUUGAACACAAAGCAGGUUCUGAUAAGAAUUCACCAAACCCUCCAGCCUCAGCAAAGACACCUGCUACGGUUCCAAUGGAUAUGACUUCCUCUCCUGUAACAUCUUUAUUGACAACAGCCAAUUUAGAAAAACUCCCUGUGCCCCAGGUCAGCGGAGCUGCAUUGUCUACUGGAUCAACCCCGCCCUCAAGCACUUUGCCAGCAGCUUCUAGCCUUAAAACCCCAGUAACUUCUGCAAGUAUGAAUGGACCUAUUUCAAGACCAAGUUCUAGUAUCCCUGCUAAUAAUCCUUUAGUUACUCAGCUGCUCCAGGGCAAAGAUGUGCCCAUGGAGCAAAUUCUGCCUAAACCUCUCACCAAAGUUGAAAUGAAAACUGUUCCACUGACUGCAAAAGAGGAAAGGGGGAUAGGAGUGCUCACAGGUACCAACAUGACAGAAAGCAGCACCAGAGAAGAAGUUAAUAGUAGGCAGUCCCAUUUGCCUAUCCAGCAACCAGGGAAACCCUUGCAGAGUAAGCAGCUUCCCCAGGUGCUCAGGCCCCUCUUUUCAGCUAGGGACCCAAGGGACUCUUGCAUUGACACACACCAGUUUCAAGAAGGACUAAAUAAAGCAACCCAAGAUCAGAUCUUUCAGACUCUCAUCCAGAGGGUUCAGAGGCAAAGUGUUCUUUCAUUUGUGCCACCUGCCCAGUACAACUUUGUGCACUCAGGUUUCCAGUUGGAAGACAUCUCCACAAGCCAGAGGUUCAUGCUGGGCUUUGCUGGCAGAAGGACAUCCAAACCUGCAAUGGCAGGUCAUUAUUUACUUAAUAUUUCCACCUAUGGCCGAGGUUCAGAGAGCUUUAGGAGGACCCAUUCUGUAAACCCUGAAGACCGAUUUUGUCUAAAUAGCCCCACAGAAGCCCUGAGAAUGGGAUAUGCAGAUUGUAAAAACCCAACAGGAGAUAGUAGCAGCAGCAAAGAAGAUGAAACUGAUGAGGAAAGUGCUGGCAAUGAGCAAGAGCCUGUGUUUGUGAAGGAGGAGCCACAGGCUUCCCAGAGUUUUGGCAAGCAUGAUGCAAAUUUAGGAUCCCACAGUAAGGAAACUCCACCCACCAAUGAUUGUUUAACUAACAAGAAUGGUAAGGAUGAGGCACCAGUAAGUGAGCAAACCACUUUAAGCAAGGAGAAUUACAUGUUCUCUAGAGGCCAAACAUUUGAUGAAAAAUCCCUAGCUAGAAAUUUUAUUCAGGCAGCACAGAAACAAAUGGCUCAUGCUGCCAGGGGGAAAGCAGUAUGUAGCAGCCCUGAGCUUUUCAAUUCUGCUCUUUCUCUCCCUGCAGACAGUCCCACCCGUCAACCUCUACUUCUUCCACCACUGCAAACCCCCAAAUUGUAUGGAAGCCCCACACAGAUAGGGCCAAGCUACAGAGGCAUGAUUAAUGUCUCCACCUCAUCAGACAUGGACCAUAAUUCUGUACCAGGUGGCCAGGUAUCUAGCAAUGUAGGUGAUGUUAUGUCCUUUUCAGUGACUGUCACUACCAUCCCUGCUAGCCAAGCUAUGAAUCCCAACAGCCAUGGCCAGACAAUUCCUGUUCAGGCCUUUCCUGAAGAGAACAGCAUCGAGGACACACCUUCUAAAUGUUACUGCCGAUUGAAAGCCAUGAUCAUGUGCAAAGGAUGUGGAGCUUUCUGCCAUGAUGAUUGCAUUGGCCCCUCCAAACUGUGUGUCUCCUGCCUUGUUGUUCGGUAGUGAGACUAGAACAUACUGUAAAGAAGGGAAGGGAAGGGUUAACAAGAUGUGUUCUUGCAUCCUUUUGGAAUCACAGAAAUAAAGUUUUAAUUGUCUUAGGAGAUAAGCAUUAAUCAGGAGUACAGAGUACAGGUCUUUACAUUUUACAGGAAGAGCACCUUGUAUAGUAAGUCUGAGUUACAUAAGACUGAAUUGGUGACAAGUUUGCACUUAUAAAAUCAUGUAAAUAUGUCACAUUUUGUUAUAACAUUGUUUUUCCAAGAGUUUAGGUAAUGAUGUAUUACUUUGAAUUCAGGUUUAUGUUCCAUUUCUUUCAACUCUGAGAAAAGUUGAAUGGCAUGCAUGGUGAAGGGAUGCUGUCUGCCUUCCAACCUUUCCUGAAGCUGGGAAAAGGAAAAGAAUGGUAGGGAAGUAACCAUUCACACUGAUCGUAUCUUCACAGUCUGGCUGUGGUCCUGCAUAGAUGAUUUGGCCUUUGGGAUUUCGAUUCAGGGUUUACUCAUCCCUUUACCUUAGGUGCAACUGGUUUAAGUGGAUUUUUUUUUUUUUUUUUAAAGGUAUUAAUGUUCCAGGCAGUGGUUUUGACCCUGAAAUCCAUACCUUAGCUUUUGGCUUCUAUGAAUCAAUACUGUUGUCAAACAGAGCCCUGCUGUUCCUUAAGCCCACUCCCCCUGUCUGAGAUAGUGAAUACUGUUUAUGAAGGGUCUGCCUCUCAGGGCCCCUCUGUAUAGUCUGUGCAUGGCAGUAAUUCCAGCAAUAAUACAUCCUCACACUGCAUCAUUCAUGGGAACCCCACAAAAAGGUUUGAAAUACCAGUGAAAUAUGAGCAGACAUGUUAGCGAUAAGAGGAUUUGGACUGUGUCUUGGUGGGCAAAGGGAAUGAAACUGCAGAAAUCCAGUUGACCAUCAAGAACUUUGGAGAAUGAUUUGAACACUGGACACAAGGUAUAUCCCCUUUUAUUUUUUUCCCAACCCAUUUCCUAAUGUCAUGUAUGCCUGUUGUUACAGGUUUUUAAAAAAACAAAAAAGCUCCUCAGUGGUACUUCUGUUCAGCCUGUCUCAACAUCCCAGGCAUGUGAGAAGGAUGUAGUGAUCUUUGUCAUCUUACUAUAAACACAUAUAUGUACCCACACACAGUACAAGACUAUGCUAUUUAGAAAAUAUGCCCACUAUUUUGAAAUUGCUGCUGUCAAGAUAGCAGUAUGCCUGAUGUGAAGGAGCAUUACGAAUAACAAAGGGAGCAUCUGGAAGAAAACUUGGAUCCAAAUUUUGCUGGGGUUUUUUGUCUGUUUUUUGUUUUGUCCUUCUCUAGCAGGCUGGGCGUAAGUUGCACAUGCCUUUACUCCCAGCAUUCAGGAAACAGCAGUAAGCAGAUUUCUGUGAGUUUGAUCUAUAUAGUGAGUGCCAGGUGAGCCAGUGCUAUACACAAAGAAAAAUUUCUUCACCAGUGACAGAUUCUAAGUAAAUACUGUUUAGGUCAUAAUUAAAGGCCAUUCAUGGAAAAGAGGGGAAAGCCCAUACUUCACCAGAAUUUGGUAUUCAAUAGGACAUUUAAAGUCUUCUAAUUUGAACUGUGUGCUGUAAUAUUAGUGCAGCCUCGUAUAGGUACAUUUAUGUUUAAUAUUCAAAAGUAUUUAUAGAAUUUAGGACAGUUUAACCCUUUAAGUCACAUUCCAGAUUUGGAGAAAGAAACAGUAAUUAAUGUACUUUGUAUUCUGCUGGCCACCCUGCCUUCUACAUCACACACUUGGUGUUCAUAGCCCCUGCUCCAAACUCCACUAGAAACUCACAUUUACUGUAUUUCAUUUUUUCUGGCUCUUACUAUAGCCCAAAGUGAUUAUAGGUUUAGUAUCUCUGUUCCAGCAUCAGCCAAGACAAUAUGAUACCCCAUCUUCCUUCUUUGUCCCAGCAUUCGCACAGCUAAGAGCCAAGAAAUGUUCAAGGAUUCAGGAGUGAAGUGUAUGUUCUGAAGUGAAAAGGAAACGGAAGCCAGUGUUCUCCCAAAUCUUGAGUACCUUGGGUAAUCCCCAUGGGAUUUUAGAAAAGACGUGUUUCUGGGUAAUCCCUCAUGUCCAGCCUGUCCACUCCCCUCUUUGUGCUGGAAGAGGUUGAGUGAUUCAGAAUGAACCUCAUGCAAGUGUCAGCUGCUAGUUUGUAUUGGUGAAAAUGGAUUUUAUCAGAAAGGCUUUUCUUUGUGGUUCCCUUAAUCUGAGAAUGGAUGGACAGGAGGAAGAAAUUUGGGACUGUCAGUUUCAUUUAAAAAGGAAACGACAUCGUGCCUCUUCUCUUGAUCCAUACUCCAGAUUUAGAUCCUUGAUAUUGCUGUUUACCAGAGUCCCCAAAUAGCACCCAGCUAAAUAUUCACCUUCAGGAAUACUCCAGAAGUUGCCAACUAGGUUCACUGCCUCAGGCUUCACAAAAUGAAAUUUUUUCUUACAUCAGAAGUAAAUACCAGUUUGUCUUUGUUUAUUUAAAACAGUGGUUUCAGAAGUGGAACAUUCAUCUUACAAGUGAAAAGAAAAAACAUUAGUCUGAACCGUUAAAUUCUAGUUUGAUGCUUAAUUCUUUUUAACACAAUUUUUAUUGUAGCUUUUUUUAGUUUAACCUUUAAAUUCAUUCUGAAAUGGUUUAAUAGGUGCUACAUUUAUUCUUUGGGCUUUCAAGUAGCAAUUUCCAGUGAACUUUUAAGACAUACCUGAUGCAUAUGCCUCCAGUGUGCCCCCUCCAGCUUCCAAGUAACAUCUGCUGCAGGCCACUUCUCAGAGAUGUAUUCAUAAUCUAUCAUCUCAGUGUGGUUUAUAAAUGUUCUAAGUUGCCUAGUAGAACACUCCCUGAAAUCUUAAGAGAUUUUUAAGUAAUCCAUGUUCUUCAUCCCAUUAAAUAAAAAAUAAGGCCAAAUAAAAUAGCCUGGAGUUGUUUGCUCUGCUUCAGGUCUUAGCACCUAUGUCUAAGACACUGAGGCUGCCUCUGGUAUUCCAUGUAACAUUGUUUAAGGAUAAGAGCUGGCCAGUGAGGGAGUUUUCCUUCUCUUGGGAAGAGGGUGCUUCCAUGGAUAUACAGAUGUAGGUCCUAUCUCAGAUGUGAAUUAAAGACCUCACUGCCUUCCAGGUGAGAUGAAAUGUGCAGAUUAAAGACCCAUCAGUCACCAACCUGAUUGUGUGUUACUGCUUUCCUCCACCUUAAUGAGCUCUGUGGUUAAAUGAUUUGUUAGAGCGAAAGGGGCUUCCUCUGCUCAGACUAUAUUUUAGAGCUCACUGUCAAUGAAACAAAGUUGUUUUCUCUUUGACAUCACAUCAUAGCUAGAAGGGAAAAGUCUCCCCAUUGUAUUACAGCAAUGUACUAAGUGAAAAAAUUGGCCAUGGUUAGUUUGCAGCUCAAUUUAUAGAACAGUCCAAAGAGACUUCGGGAAACAUGAUGACAGGCAGGGACCUUUCCUACAUGUUUCAAUACCUACAUACCUAUUGAACAAAAACAGUAGGUAAGACAUUUCCUAAAGUUGAAGCAGUAGCUUCAUAGAGUCUUGGUUACUUUAUUUUUUUUAAUGCUUUACAUUUGAUACAACUAUUAAAGAUCAAUUUUAAAAUAACUUUCCAAUAAUAUAUUUUAAGUAAUAUAUAUUUUAAUAUCUAUGUAAAAAGUGACAGUGGAAGACUGAAUUUCUCAUAUAUGUUAUGCUUAAUGUAGGACCUCACUUGUUAAGGCACAAAUUAUUUCAAAGGAGUUACUCUAAAGAUGCUCAGAUUAUUUCCCCCUCCCCCCAAAAAAUGCAAUAAGGGGAAUAAUUUGUGGCUUUAUUUUUUAUUUUACAAGAAAAUUGUUUAUUUACCACAAGCUAUUUUUCCCCCUCUGGUGAUAAGGUUUGUAUAGACUGGUUUGGAAAAUGCUAAACUUGUGUGUCUUUUGCCUUUUUAAAGGAAUUGUUAACAUUGGAAUUGAGGGUAUGUACAGAGAAGUUGGUGUCAACACCACUUAAUAAGUCAUAUUUUUUCACAAAUAAAAAAUCAUUUUAAUAAGAAUUCUAAGUAUUUGCAAUAAAUAUGUGUAUAUAGA